AUGAUGAAAACCAGCCUGGUCCUCUGGGUAAAUUUAAAGGAAGUAUUAUACACAGGAAACCAGAUUCAGCAGGCUCAUUUCCUCAUACUGUGACUGUGUGACGCUUGAUGGCCUCCCUACUCAGUCUCAGACAACGGUACCAUGCUCCUUCUCAUUUCUUUAGAAUAACGAAAUACAAAUCUGACUCAGAGGUGUUCUCACUGUUUUCAAACAAUCUUUGCUGUGCAUUUGGUAUUGUAUAUUGCUGUUUUCACUGUGUUAAAGACACGCUUAUCAUUGAUGUGUUGGCACAUUGUGUGUUUAUCUGUCUCUUGUUUUUUUUGCAGGUCUGAACGCACUUCUGGGAAAUGGCUCAAAAUUGCCUCAAGUGUUUGAAAUACACCAUGUGUGUGGUUAACCUCUUGGUCUUUGUACGUAUCCCAAACAUCCAUCUGUUACCUUCUACUCUUACUUCCCUCAAUGAGAUAAAAACCCAUGUUCAAUAUUUCAGUGUCCAUUUAUCACAAUGUAUGGUGUCCAUUUUAGGACAACCUCCUCCUGAUAAGAUUGUGCUAAUAUGGACACCAUUAUGAUGUUAUAUGACUCCAUAUGUAUGUUGAAUCAAUGCUGUUGUGUUUGGUUGUUGUCAGAUGUGUGGAACGGUAGGGUUUGGUUUUGGAGUGUUCCUGAUGAUGAACUCUAAGGUGUCGUCUCUCAUCCCGUCCCUGUCCUCCCUGAACCUUGCCAACAUGUUCUUCAUCACUGGCAUCAUCAUGACCUGUGUGUCCUUCCUGGGGUUCCUGGGGGCCAUGAAAGAGAACCGCUGCCUCCUCAUCACUGUAGGGCUCACAUGGAACACAUAUUUUACAUUAUUUCAUAUUUUUCAGAGACAUUGGUCUCAUCCCACUGGGCACAGACGUCAAUUCAACGUCUAGUUUUGAUUUACAUUUGGUUGAGUUGUCUAACGUGAAUUCAACGUGAAAUCAUCCAACAAUUUCACCCUGUCAUUGGAUUUAGGUUAAAAGUCGGGUGAAAAAAUGAUGACAUUCCCUUACGUUGAUGACUUGUUGCAAAUCCAUUCAGUUUUCCACAUUGAUUCAACGUCAUCACAUUGAAUUUUUGGGUUGAAAUUAUGUGGAAACAACAUUGAUUCAACAAACACUUGUACUUUCUUGGUUUUCAGUUUUUCAUCCUUCUGUUCAUUCUGAUGUUGGUGGAGUUGACUACAGCCGUUCUACUGCUGUUAUAUGAGAGCAAGGUAAGAUAUAGCAGAUGGGCCGUGGGAUGUCGGGAGGAGGUUUGAGUGGGGUGACAGAAAAUGAAGUGAAGAAGAGAACUUUAAUACAUUACUAAUUUACAUGAGGAAAAUCAGGGACUGAGAGAGGGCCAUGGUUGUGAGGCAAGGCUCAGUCCCGUGCGGCUCAGUUGGUAGAUCAUGGCACUUGUAACGCCAGGGUUGUGGGUUCGAUUCCCACGGGGGACCAGUACGAAUGAAAAUGUAUGCACUCACUAAUGUAAGUUCCUCUGGAUAAGAGCGUCUGCUAAAUGACUGAAAUAUAAAUGUCAAAAUGUCAAAACAUUAUAGAAGAUAAUCAGGUAGCGUUUUAUGAGAUGUUCAGACUGCCAAGUAAUUUGUGUGUGUGCUUAGAUUGACAGCUUCCUAAAGAGGGAUCUCACAGACAGUCUGGAGAAGUCCCGGGAAUCAGCUAAAGGUGGGAAUUCAACGAUGACCAUGGACGACUGGGACAUCAUACAGACCAUGGUAAGUGUGUGUGUGAAAUAUAUGUAAGAAACAUCUAAACUGUGUCCCAAAUGGUACCCUAUUUCCUAUAUAGUGCCUUACUUUUGACCAGGUCCUAUAGGGAGACACAGACUUCAAAAUUAAACAUGUAGACUCUCUUUAGCCCUCCCAGGCAUGUGAACAAAAGUGAGUGGAAAUGUGAUGUAAUUUCAUGUGUUGAUAACAUUGCUUUUGUCAUGUUUAAUUCUAUUACAUACAUGUAGUUCCAGUGCUGUGGGGUCCAAAACUCAAGUGACUGGAAGGAUAAAGUGCCUGCGUCCUGCUGCUCCAAGACCAAAUGUGACAAUCAGACGGUAUACUGGAAAGAGAUAUGGCACCAGGCUUGGGGUCAAUUCAGGAAGUACACUGAAAUUCCAAUUCCAAUUCCCUUCAAUGCUUUUCAAUGAGGAACAUUUUGAAUUGGAAUUAGAAUUUGUUUUACUUUCUGAACUGACUGGAAUUGAAAUGGAAUGGUAUCACAUAAAAAAUAUCCUUUCAUGUGGGUAACAAGUGAACUGAACUAUAAAACUAUAUAAAAAACAUAGCUGUCACUCAGCAAUGUUUUCGCUUCUUCAUCUCAGGGUUGUUACAUUAAACUGAAGGCCUGGUUUGAGAAUAACUUCCUAGCAACUGGGGUUGCUGUGAUUGUGCUCUGCAUCGUUGAGGUAUGAUCAUCUUCCCAUACUUGUUAAUACAGGGUGUCAGUGACAGGUUUAUCAAUCAGCAUUCACAUGACAAACAUGACUUAUUCCUGACCAGUAGAGUCUGUCAACUCUAUGUAUCAAUCAUCUUGCAUAGCUUCUAAGAAAUAUGUAUUGUGUCCCAAAUGGCACCCUAUUUCCUAUAUAAUGCAGUGGGCACUAAUUUCGACCAGAAAAGCCUGUGCACUAUGUAUGGCCAUUUGGGAGGCUGUUGCAUGAGUUUUUAAACAUGUAUUAGAUGGACAUGAAAACUCCACCAGAACACCAUGUAGGCUAACACAUCCAUUUUGUUUCUUCUUUGUUGGUAGGUCCUGGGCAUGUGUUUUUCCGUGACUCUGUCCUGCCACAUAAGCCAGUCUGGACUCAGCUACAAAUGAUGAAAACAAUGUUUAGUUUUUUGUUUGUUUUCUGUAAUAUAAUCCCCUCUCGGCAGACACUUUUAACAUUUUAGUCAUUUAGCAG